UGUUCAGUUUCCCAGUCCACCAUCCCAGAGCAGCUCUCCCCAAUCAAGCACUGACAGGGUCUGUAACUGUGUGGAAGGUCUGAGAAAGUUGCUAUAGAAGAUGUGCGAGGAAGAAGACAGCACUGCACUGGUUUGUGACAAUGGCUCGGGACUUUGUAAGGCUGGCUUUGCUGGGGAUGAUGCUCCGAGAGCAGUUUUUCCUUCCAUUGUGGGACGUCCCAGGCACCAGGGUGUGAUGGUAGGCAUGGGGCAGAAAGACAGCUACGUAGGAGACGAAGCUCAAAGCAAGAGAGGGAUCCUGACCCUGAAAUAUCCCAUAGAACAUGGAAUCAUCACCAACUGGGAUGAUAUGGAGAAGAUUUGGCAUCAUUCUUUCUACAAUGAGCUGCGUGUUGCCCCCGAAGAGCAUCCAACUCUGCUUACAGAAGCACCUUUGAAUCCCAAAGCUAACCGAGAAAAAAUGACACAGAUCAUGUUUGAGACUUUCAAUGUCCCAGCUAUGUAUGUUGCUAUUCAGGCUGUCCUGUCCCUCUAUGCUUCCGGACGUACAACAGGGAUUGUGCUUGACUCUGGGGAUGGUGUCACCCACAAUGUGCCAAUCUAUGAAGGCUAUGCACUGCCUCAUGCCAUCAUGCGCCUGGACUUGGCUGGCCGAGAUCUUACAGACUACCUCAUGAAAAUCCUAACAGAACGUGGCUACUCAUUUGUUACUACGGCUGAGCGUGAAAUUGUCCGUGACAUCAAGGAGAAGCUUUGCUAUGUUGCUCUGGACUUUGAAAAUGAGAUGGCCACUGCUGCUUCUUCAUCAUCCCUCGAGAAAAGCUACGAGCUACCUGAUGGUCAGGUGAUCACAAUAGGGAAUGAACGUUUCCGCUGCCCAGAGACCCUUUUCCAGCCCUCUUUCAUUGGCAUGGAAUCUGCUGGCAUUCAUGAAACGACCUAUAAUAGCAUCAUGAAGUGUGACAUCGAUAUCAGAAAAGACCUUUAUGCAAACAAUGUCCUAUCUGGUGGAACCACUAUGUACCCUGGCAUUGCUGACCGAAUGCAAAAGGAGAUCACUGCCCUGGCACCCAGCACUAUGAAAAUAAAGAUUAUUGCUCCUCCUGAACGCAAGUACUCUGUUUGGAUUGGUGGCUCUAUCCUUGCCUCUCUUUCCACCUUCCAGCAAAUGUGGAUCAGCAAACAGGAAUAUGACGAGGCUGGCCCAUCCAUUGUUCACCGCAAAUGCUUCUAAACUGCUGCCUUCCUUCGUUCUUACUUUCCCCUUUCCCUGCUCUCUAAGUACAUUAAUGUGAAUAUAUUCAGGAACAGUGUUGUUUUUAUAACUUUAUUCCACACAUCUUCAUAUCUGGCUAUGUUUUCAACUAGAUUUAUGUGUAUUUUUUGUGUGUGAUGAGGAAUAAAUUGUAAACAUGCUAUCAGUUAGGUGCUUCCAAAUUUUCUUAAUAAAAACAUCUCCAGUUAUUCUUACUCUUA